AUGAAUAAUAGUGAAAGUAUGUUAUUGGUACCAAAAUUGGAAUAUUUUAUAUUGAAGAGUGCUGUUGUCAAUGACUUCGAAUUUGUUUGUUUAAAAUGGCUUCUUAAUAAUAUUAAUUAUGUUAAAAAACUUCAAAUUGAUUUACGUAGUAGAGCUGUAUGGAGAUCAGAUCAAAUGAUAUGGAAAUCUUUAAUUGAUGCAAAUUUUAUUCGCCAAUAUUGUUUACCUGAUCAAAUAGUUAAUUUACAAGAUUUUCGUUUUUAUAUUCGUGCAAAUUGUCAAUUAUCAUCAUAUGAUAUUGAAAAAAUAAUAAAUUCUUUUAAAAGCAACUCUUUUUUUAUUUCCCAUCAAUGGACAAAUGUGAAAUGUUUUUAUAAUGAAGGUGCAUCAUAUCAACAUAUAUUUUCUUCUAUUCUUGAUAAAUAUCAAUGCUUUGAUCAUUUAUUUAAUUAUCAUUGUAUAUCAUAUGAUUUGUCAGAUCUCGCGCAUAUUCGAAUCAGUAUUGAUCCAUCUGUUUAUGCAUUUUUCGAACAAUUCAAUAAAUUAUGUCCUAAGGUUUGUCAUAUCACAAUUUAUACAGGUAAAUAUUUUUUUUUUGAAUAUUUUCGCAAUGGUUUAUAG